UUUACCAAUCCCUGCCAAUUUGUUUACACUCUGAGCAGACCGAAUUCAGUUUUUCAUACAAAACUAAAAAAAUUCAAAAAUUAAUUUCUAAAUUCUCCACAAAUAUGAAUUCGUGGUUACAAAUGAAUGCUAAUUCUAAUGGCGAAGAGGCUGAAGUAAAUGAUACUGAUGAAUCGAAUCAAGAAAUUGGGCAACAAAUAAAUUAUAAGCAACAAUAUUUGCAACUUAAGAAAAAGCUGAAGCUUCUUUUAUUCGAAAAUGAAUUUUUCCAAGAGAAUCUUCGACAAAACCAGAAACGUCUCUUGAAAGUUUCAAAAGAUCGCAGCUUUUUAUUAGAUCGCUUACUUAAAUAUGAACCAACAGAAAGUACCGAAAGUGAAGGAACUGAAACAUCAGACGAUGAGACAAAAGUUGGAGGAAAGAAACGUAAAACAGACAGUGGUUCAACAUUAGGAAGGAAGAAGAAAGUUAUUAUAAAGAAACAACCAAAUCUUAAUAAUAUCAACAGUCAAGCAGAAACUGACGAUGUUGCUAUGGUGGAACGUCAUCUGGAAGCAAGAAAUUCAAUCUCAAUGCCUAGUUUUACUUUUCCACAGGAAAUUUUUGAUGAAGUUGAUGACAUUUGAGUGAAUAAAAUAAAUCUUUCUCUAUGCUAAAA